AUGAACACAACACAUUCAGUGAAAAAAGUAUGCGCAAGUUUGCUAUAAGUAAUAGUGUUCUGUGGUGAAGUGUGUGAACACAAGUUAACAGCUAUUAGUAGUUCGCAGUUUUAGGUUAAAAAUCUAAAAUAUAAUAAAAAUAGUCAUGACGGCCUUGUGAAAGUAAUGCCACUUUAUUUUACAAGUAAAUAAACUUUCUUAAUUUGUCGUUUUGUGUUUUUUUAAUUCUUUUUGAAAAUUACAAUGGAUUCAAAUUUUCGUAUGUUUAUUGGAAAUCUACCUGAAAAUAGUUCCGAGAAGGACUUAUCAUCAACAUUUUCCUCCUUUGGAGAAAUAGUAAAUAUUGAUAUUAAAUAUAAACCUGACGCUGAAUCUGAUAAAAAGAAAUUUGCCUUUGUCACAUUGUUCACAUCAGAAUACAAAGUAAAAGCAUGUUUGAAACAUUUUGCAAAUGAAUUCUUUUUGGGAAGACAAUUAUAUGUUACUAGAGCUCGUGAGAGUUUUUUGGAGAGGCUCCAAAGGGAACGUGAACAAGCUCAGCAAAAGGACACUCCUAAGCUUGUUGAAAGUAACUUUAGUACAAAGAAAGGCUUUGAAGUUUCUAGAAAUAAUAAAAGAAAAUUUAUCAAUGAUAUUGAUUUUGAAGAUAAAACUGAUGGAAAUGGUCGUACAGAUUUUAACUCGGAACCUCAACAUAAAACAAACAUCUACCAAAACAAUGAUUAUUCAGGAAAUGUUGAUGUUAAAAUCUCUCAAUUUGUUAAGAAACAAGAAUCUGAAGCUAAAAGAUUGGAGUCUAUGAAAAGGAAGAGACAAGAGUUUAAAGAAAAGAAAAUGAUAAUUAAAACUGGUUUAAUUGGUAUUGAUAAACCUACCAAUAAAAAAAUAUUUUUUUCUGACAAUGAUGAUGUAUCUGAAAGAUCAAACAGUAAAAGAAAACCAGACUUGUUUGAAGGAGAUGGCAGUGGUGAUGAAAUUAAUUUUGAAAUAAAAGAACAAUUCGAAGGAAGAAAGGGACAAAAGGUUUUAGAAUUACAAUCAAAGUACAAAACUGAUAAGCGGUUUGUCUUAGAUGAAAGAUUUGCCGAAGAGUCAAACGAGGAAGAUGACAACAUUGAAAACAUUGAAUUAAAUCAGGCAGAUGAAAAGGCCACACAACUAAAUAUCCUGCAGAAUGUUUUAGGUGUACCAAUUAAAACUAAGCAUCAUGACCCUUCAAAUAAAGUCAAGACGAAAAUUGGUAUGCUGCGAUUCAAUCCUUUACAACCUGAGCAUGCAAAAUUUUUUGCGCCAAUUGAACCAAAGCAAGAUAACAAGAAAUAUAAAAAGAAAAAAUCUAAGGACAAUGAGUUACAAGAGCCUGUGCCUGUAUUGAUGGAAAUCGAGAAAGUUGAAGUCUCAAAAGAACAAUUUUAUGAAGUUAGUGAUGUUUUAAAAGAAAGUAUCACACAACCCACAGCAUUUAGUUUACGUAGUUUAUUUUCAAAAGGAGAAAAUAAUGACGAAGAACCACAAGAACAAGAACCACAAAGUAUACCAAUUGGGAAAAAGAUGGAUAAGAAAGUAAAGAAUACAUUAGACAUAGGUGAAAAAAAUCCAUUUGUAUAUGAUUCAUCAGAUUCUGAGGAUGAAGAAACUAAAAUUCAGGAACCAGUUCAAACAGAAAAUCCUGAAGUACAAGCUGUAUGGAGAGAAAAUUUGUUUUUCACAAAGUUUGAUAAUAGACUAAAAGAUGGAUUAGAAUUUUUUAACACAUCAAUUCAAGGUUCAAUUCAUAAAGAGAGACGACAAUUGAAAUCUGUUAUGAAGAAGAGACUUUAUAACAAGGAGCGUAAGAAUAAAAUGUUCCAAAAGAAGAUUGGAGGUAGAAAAAAGACAAUGAAAAUGACAUAUAGAAAAAACUAAGUCUAAAUCAGGGUCAUUAAUAAAUGAAAAAAAUUA